CCUUAUCCAUUGCUCGUCCUUAAUGUAAACCGCUAGCUCAUCCCUCUCAAGCUUUUCCUACUGGCUGCUGCUCCCGUUCGCCGGCGAAGCUGGACUUCAGUUGAUCGGAAGAGAUGGAAAUCCUCUUGAUCCGGCGGGCAGCUGCUUUACCCAGCGGCCAAACGCCAAGUGAGGAUGGUUUUUCCGCUGUUACCAGCAUGCAGAUCGGAACUGCAAGCUCUAGCAGUUCAUUUCCCUGUCGAAGAAUUGUGAGGACUUGUGGAAUAACUAGGAAAUGAAAAGGCAAAAAACUCUUUGCAGGUUGAAAGAGAACUUCAGUUCCCUUCUUGUCCAUUACCACAGUUGGGGUAUUGCCAUCGCAAGACUUGACUGGCCUUGGAGG